AUGAACCCAGGAAAGAAAGUUUUUCAAGCAAAAGCUCCUGAUAAGGGAAGCUUUCCAUUAGAUCAUGAUGGUAAAAAUUGUUUAUAUUUUUUGUUUUUUCUGCAUCCAAUAAUAUAUAUCCACCCCACCCCCGUCAAAAGUGAGGUGUAGGUAUUGGCAGGGGUGUUUGUAUCUCAUAUAGAGCGAAGACAUACCGAAAUUUUAUGGUUGUGUAAUUAUUCCCAGGAUGACUGUUUGUGGGGGAGGUUUAAAAAACUAGGAAGACUGGGAAGUCUGGAAAUUGUGCACCAAUUGGGCUGUGACUGGGAAGUCUGGAAAUUGUGCACCCAAGAUUUUGAAUAUCUAAUAUAUGUCUAAUAAAAUACGAAGUGACUACCCUAAACCUCCGAAUAUAAGCCCCCCCCCCCUGUGUAUAAACCCACCACAUGCACUAAUGCUCCCCUCAUUCCAAAUAUAAGCCCCCCCCCCAACUACAAGUCCCCCAAUUAAUAUAAGCCCAGUAAUUGCUGCUGAAUACAUGUUUAUUUCCCUGUUUAUGACUGACAUGUUUAUAUCUGACUUGUUUAUUACUAACACAAAAGAUCGUCCAUGUAUAAGCCCCCACGUAUAUAAACCCCCCCAUUGUAUAUAUAAGCCCAUCAAAAAUCGCUUACGAAAGUAUAUAAGCCCAGUGCUUAUAGUUGGAGGUUUACGGUAUACAGCCAGCUAUUUAGUAAACUGCUGGGUAUAUAGUGACUAUAGACUAUAGUUAUAAGAUAAACCGAUCUCUUCCCCUAACCUUUUGAGAGUUUGAAAAGGUGGAAAAAAGUUUAAGAAGUUUUAAGAAAAAAAGCUUAGUUAGACAAAACACAACCAGACCUGGACUGUGUUUCACUUUCUGCACACCGCACUUUGACCUUUACCGUAUAUGCUAAUGGCAAGCUCGGUAAAAGCUAGCGCAAACAAAAGUUUUUAUAUUUAAUUAUAGUCGCUAUAUAACUGGCAGUUUACUAAAUAGUACAGACACUGUACAGACACUUUGAAUAAAAUACAUAGAAAACAUUAAAACUGCAGGCUCUCAAUUGCACAAUACAAACUUUCCACCGAGACAGUACCUCUCUAAUAUGGAUCCAAAUUGGUACAUUUUCGUAUUGAAAAAACUUCAUACAGACAUUUCACUAUUACUGUAUAAAUACUUUGCUGUAUUCCCUAAUUAGAGAGGUCUUAUUGUAUAUAUUUACCCUAUUAUUCAGGUGAGUGCAAAGAAUUUAUGGUACAGUAUAUGAAAUGUCUUCAACAAAACAACAACAGUAACUCCAAAUGCAGACCAGAAUCAAAACGAUACUUAGAAUGUCGCAUGGAUAGGUAUGGUGUAAUCACAGGUGUAAUCAAAAUAUUUGUUAUCAGAUCAUAUUAAUGAAGACAAUGGUGACGGGUUUAGGUUGAUAAAGGGGUGGGGGAGUAGUGGGAAUGUACCCUAAUACCACCAUUUCAACUGAUAUUAAAAGUUAAAUAUUUAAAAUUUUAGUUUAACCCUUCAAGUGGCAAUGUGCUCUGAUGCAUCCUACUAUAAAUUUUACUCUGUCUAACAGUAGAUUAUUUUACUCAGUAGAUUAUUGUGUAUAAAUGCCAGACAAUUUUACUUGUCAAGGGGAGAGUGCUGGCCUUAAAUGGGAUAUUUUUUUUAUAUAUUUUUUUUAUUAACUUUACAAUCAUAUUAUAUAAAAAAUACACAUACAGCUAUGAUUGAAGGAUUGGACAACAGAACUAGAAUCGCAUACUAAGUCCAUCUAACACUAAAACACGACAUAUUACGGACUGCAAACUGGACAACGUAAAUACUGAUUUUACAGGCCUUUAUACCAUAUAAAACAUGCAAGAAUAAAUACAUAACUACACUACUGUGAAAUUAUUUGUGAGGUUCAGUUUUGACCACCACCACCACCACUAGUUAGAAACCACGAACCACUUUAUUAAGCAUGAUUGGUACCAUGCCUACUGUGUCUUCUAUGUAGAGUGCUAAUUAACUCAUUAAAGUGCAAGAAUCUUCUUGAUGAGUAAAGACUAAACUACUUGCAAAAUCUCAGAUAUUGCGUUCCAGUUUAGGUAGCAAAGAAUACAAUUUGCAGCUUAUGUAUAUGAUGCAACUACCCAGGCCACCCUGGGAAUAGCAUGCAAUUACAAAAUACUCCUUGGUAUGCAGCUCAGCUUAUCAGGAAUUGCGAUUUGCCACAUGCCAUUAAGCUGCAAAUGUAAAAUAUAUUUAUAAAGACCCUUAUAUGACCUACACUAUAUACUGUACAUUUCAAUUAUGAUUAUGAAGCAUAUUAAGUGACUUUGAAAAAGUCCAAUACAAAUAUUUUGUAUUAUGGGAUGAUGACCUGAUUACCUGAAAACUAAGAACAUAUUUUUAAGUUUACUGAUAUUAUAAUUUAACUGGUAUUUUCAGGGAGCUUAUGACCAAAGAAGAUUUUGAACUGUUGGGGUAUAAAAAGGAAAAUUCAUGAGUCCUUUCUCAACACUGACACUGUCUGUUUUGAAUAAAUAAGAUAAAUCCAUUUUUCGCAGAAGUCUAUAAACAAGAGCAUUUUUGAAUCGAUUGUAUGUCCACAAGUAAACAAGAUACGGUUCAAAAGCAUGCAUAUUGCAAGGAAAUAAAUACGCUCAUGAUAUUAUAGUUUGAAAAAAAAAUCAAAAAGCCUAAAUGCUACAAAUUCCAAAUUCCAUGCAAGGGAAAAGUGUGCAAGAAAUCUUGUUGAAUGUUGUAUAAAUUUUCUAAUUACUGUACGAAAUACAUGUAAUAGUACAAAAUAAGAAUGCUUUAUAUUUGAUAAUGUUUAGAGGGAUUUAGAUGUUAUUUUUCUUCUGGGAAACAAGGCCGGAUUUUGGUGGUUAAUUAAUUAAACGAAGUGGCUAUAUCUACGGGCCCGUAAACAGACUUCGCCAGGCUAUAUUUACGGCACUCUCGUUCUUAGUCACCAUACGGCCCGUAUUUAUCGUUAAAGUCAAAUUAAAACAAAAAUAACCCUAACCCCAAUCCUUCCCCUAACCUCUAACCCUAACCCCUAAAAAGUCAGUUGAGGUUGUUAUACAGCCAUGUUUUUAAAUACACAGUAUUUUAACAAGCAAAUUUACUGUCCUGAUAAAAACCGAUAGCAACUUUAUAAACAGAAGAUUAAAUGUAAAACUUAUCAGAACGGCGAACAUGCAGAUUAGGCCAUCUCAAAUAAUGAUAAUGUUGGGAUAGUAGCGCUUCAGACUGCAGAGGAGAUUGGGCAGCAGGGCUCUCUCAUGCACCACCCUAUGGAAAAAUAUGCAUCCCUUCUUGCAGAUAUGUUUAGAUCCACCACUGGAACUCAACUCUAAUAUACAAGGUGUCCCGAAUAAAAAUAUACCUUUUGAAAUCAAGCCUUUGUUGAAAUUUGAAUGCCUUAUUACAAUGCUGAACCCCAGAGCAUCUUUUAAGAAAUUACAACUACUGGAGCUUGGUCUCAAUGAGGGCCUUUUCCCCACACAGUUCAUACGGGUACAUAAAAUCACUCUGUGCUCAGGGGCAGUGCCAGCAAUAUUUGAAUAGGGUGGGUGUAGGUGAAAUAUUGCCUACUAAUUUCAUACGCUAAUUAGUAUUCCUUUUCAUCCAACUGGGAUUAGAUCAUAUGCCGACUACCUGACGUUCCACAACCUCUUUUUUAGCGCCGCCCCUGCCUGUGCUGACUUUUGUAUAAGAGGGAAUGUCGAGAAAGCAGGCAGAUGCAGCUUUUUCAACAAGGUUAACCUUUUACUAAUGAUCAAAAGGGCCCAGUUCAUCUGAAAAUCAUACUUCACUUUAUCGUGGGUUUUCUCCCGGUGCUCCGGUUUCCUCCCACAGGGAAAGUUGACAGG